GGAAAACAAAAAUCCCGUUGUUCUCCGUCUAUCUCUCCCUUUCUCCAUCUCUUCUCUCUGUACAUUUCUUCUGUUGUUUCUUUGAGAUUUGAGAAAACAUAGGAGGACGAUGAAACUCGACGAAGAAUUCUUACACGACAGAGACCAUUCGUUUCUGACAGAUGACGAGGAAAAUCAAGCAGAGCUUGCUUGUUCCGACGAUGAACACGACGGAGACGACGAUGGUAAGAGAGACGGAGCGAAUUCAGAUUCCUCCUCUCCGUUAUCUCGAGAACGUUCUGAUAACAAUCUCUCUGAUGUCUCGAAUCCUCCAUGGCCACAAAGCUAUCGACAAUCAAUGGAUUUGUUGACCGGAAUGACUCCACCUUCGGUGAGUUUCAUGCCUCGAAGCAGUUCCAGGAGAUUAGCCUCUUCCUUCCAUAAGAAGCAACAAUCUUCUUUUGUCGAUUCGUUUUCUUCUUCCUCAAGCAAACCACUUCUCUCUCAACCAGUUUCUGACAAAGAAGAAACGAUAUUACCCGUCAAACCUCAAUCUCAGCUCAAGCUCUCUGUCACCGAUCUUCCAUUACCGGAACCUAACCUCUGCUCCUUCUCUCAAUCCGUCCUCAACGGAACCAAUGUACUGUGUGGAUUAGGGUUAAUAACAAUGCCUUAUGCUAUAAAAGAAAGUGGAUGGCUUGGUUUGGUAAUACUCUUGUUCUUCGGAGUCAUCACUUGCUACACAGGUGUUCUCAUGAAGAGAUGUCUAGAAAGUUCUCCUGGUCUUCAAACUUACCCCGAUAUCGGUCAAGCCGCCUUUGGAAUCACCGGUCGCUGCAUCAUCUCCAUUCUUCUAUACGUGGAGUUGUACGCAGCUUGUGUGGAAUACAUAAUCAUGAUGAGCGAUAACUUAUCAGGACUAUUCCCAAACGUUUCAUUGAGCAUUGCUUCAGGGAUAUCUCUAGAUUCUCCUCAGAUCUUUGCAAUCUUAACCACUCUUCUUGUUCUUCCAACUGUCUGGCUUAAAGAUCUUAGCUUGCUUUCUUACCUCUCAGUUGGAGGAGUCUUGGCGUCAAUCUUACUCGGUCUCUGCCUCUUCUGGGUCGGUUUGGUUGAUGGAAUAGGGUUUCAUGCAACAGGACGAGUUUUCGAUUUUAGUAACUUACCUGUCACUAUAGGGAUUUUCGGGUUUGGUUACUCAGGUCAUUCGGUUUUUCCCAAUAUCUAUUCUUCCAUGAAGGAUCCUUCAAGGUUUCCUCUUGUCUUAGUCAUCUGCUUUAGUUUCUGCACGGUCUUGUACAUAGCUGUUGCGGUCUGCGGCUACACCAUGUUUGGCGAAGCAGUCGAAUCACAAUUCACAUUAAACAUGCCUAAACACUUUUUUCCAUCUAAAGUCGCAGUCUGGACAGCGGUCAUCACACCAAUGACAAAAUACGCGUUAACAAUCACCCCAAUCGUUAUGAGUCUCGAAGAACUCAUUCCAACAGCUAAGAUGAAAUCACAUGGUGUAUCGAUAUUAUUCAGAACAGCCCUAGUUACAUCUACUUUGGUGGUUGCUCUUUCAGUUCCUUUCUUCGCGAUCGUGGCAGCACUAAUCGGAUCGUUCCUUGCAAUGCUUGUGGCUCUUAUCUUCCCAUGUCUAUGUUAUCUCAGUAUCCUCAAGGGUAAAUUAAGCAACACACAAAUUGGAUUAUGCAUAUUCAUUAUACUCUUCGGGUUGACAAGAAUAACCCCAACGGAUCAUCGACCCACCGACAAACUUCAUUUCCACCACAACGUCACUCUCACUGUUACUCUCACCGUCGGUACUCCUCCUCAAAACAUCUCCAUGGUCAUUGACACUGGCAGCGAACUCUCCUGGCUUCGUUGCAACCGUUCCUCAAACCCAAACCCGGUUAAUAAUUUCGACCCGACCCGUUCUUCCUCUUAUUCUCCAAUCCCCUGUUCCUCACCCACUUGUCGGACCCGGACCCGAGACUUCCUUAUACCCGCUUCUUGCGAUUCUGACAAACUCUGCCACGCCACUCUAUCUUACGCCGACGCUUCCUCCUCCGAAGGUAACCUCGCCGCCGAGAUUUUCCACUUCGGAAACUCCACCAACGACUCCAAUCUCAUUUUCGGGUGUAUGGGAUCCGUAUCCGGAUCCGACCCGGAAGAAGAUACCAAAACAACCGGGUUAUUGGGUAUGAACCGUGGUUCCCUCUCUUUCAUCUCUCAGAUGGGUUUCCCCAAAUUCUCUUAUUGCAUCUCCGGCACCGACGAUUUCCCGGGGUUUCUUCUCCUCGGCGACUCUAAUUUCACGUGGUUAACGCCGUUAAAUUACACGCCGUUAAUCCGUAUAUCCACGCCGUUACCUUAUUUCGACCGUGUAGCUUACACCGUCCAGCUCACGGGAAUUAAAGUUAACGGUAAGCUUUUACCCAUCCCUAAAUCGGUUCUCGUACCGGAUCAUACCGGUGCUGGUCAAACAAUGGUUGAUUCCGGUACUCAGUUUACUUUCUUGCUCGGACCGGUUUACACCGCGCUUCGAUCCGAUUUCUUAAACCGGACAAACGGGAUCUUAACGGUUUACGAAGACCCGGACUUCGUUUUCCAAGGAACCAUGGAUUUGUGUUACCGGAUUUCACCGUUUCGGAUUCGGACCGGGAUUCUCCACCGGUUACCAACGGUUUCUCUGGUUUUCGAAGGAGCUGAGAUAGCGGUUUCGGGUCAGCCACUAUUAUACCGAGUCCCACAUCUCACGGCUGGGAACGAUUCGGUAUAUUGUUUCACAUUUGGGAACUCCGAUCUUAUGGGAAUGGAAGCAUACGUGAUUGGACACCAUCAUCAGCAGAACAUGUGGAUUGAAUUUGAUCUACAGAGAUCAAGAAUCGGUUUAGCUCCGGUACAGUGUGAUGUAUCCGGUCAAAGACUCGGAAUCGGAUCAAGAAAAUCUUGGUGGUGGCAUCUUCUAAAAACCAUGGAUGAUGCAGAUGAUAAUUGCAGCCCAUCGCUGGAUCAUAGCGAUAUCAACGAUCCGAUGAUAGUUGCUGUGGAAUCUCUAGACUCAAGCAAAAAGAGAAAACUGCGUGCUGAAGAAUUAGACUUGUUACCCCUACCAAAACACUUUUGUCUGGAGCAACAAGCUUCUCUUGUUGAUUCUUCAUGUCCAUCAUCAGAUAUAGAAUAUGCAGAAUGCUCUUAUGCUAUGGAGGACACAAAAACCAGCGAUGAGGCCUCCUCUUCUGCAUCCUUUACAAGCCCUUCUUUGUACAUGUUUAAAGACUCUAUUUAUCCUACCGGAAGUUCUAGUUCUGGUUAUGCUGCUACAUCAAGCAUAGAACAAUGUUUUUCCAGUGUUGAUCACAAAACACAAGAAGAUGCUGAAGACUUUACUCACAUGGAAUUCAUUUGUCACGACUCCGAGUUUGCGGUUGAAGAUCUUCAAGAGGUUCUGAAUCCAGUUGGGUCUUAUAUUCUUUCUUCUGAAAGGUGGAGUGUUGGCAACCAAGAUUACGAAGAAGCUACCACGAAACCAACCAUUGAUCAAGAGUUUGAGCAGUACUUUUCAACACUCAUGAUGUAAGCAACAUGAAUUUAUCUACAUAUGUAUCAAUAUCACUAAUCACUGCAAUGUUUAUGUAAAUAUUUUACCUCGUUUUUUGUUAGAAACAUAUAAAACCAGAUCAGAACA